CUGGUUUUGAAAAGGGUUGCAAGCAAUUCAGCUCGUCUUCCUGCUUCCAUGAUCCAUUCAAGAACGAAGGCAAUCAAUCAAACACAACCAAUUGUAAUUCGCGAUUACAUCAAUCACUUCCAUUCUCAAACAUACCGCACUACUCGUCCUUCUAAACCCAAGACCAAACAUCGCCAUGAACAACGACCUCACAGACCCACCGUAAGGCCUCGCAAACCCAUUCCUUUCGUCACCAGCGUCAAGGAGGUACUAGACCCAGACGAUGCCUUAUCUCUCUUCCACGAGUAUCACCAAAUGGGCUUCAAGCACGACUAUCCCUCUUACUCUGCUCUCGUGUACAAGCUUGCUCGCUCUCGCAACUUUGAAGCUGUAGAGACCAUUCUUGGUCUUAUACAGGACCGAGAUAUUCGGUGCAGAGAGACCCUUUUCAUUGCUUUGAUUCAACAUUAUGGGAAAACCCAUUUGGUGGACAAAGCCAUUGAGCUUUUUCAUAGAAUGCCUUCGUUUAAUUGUGUCCGUACUUUGCAGUCUCUUAAUGCGCUCCUCAAUGCACUGGUCGAUAAUGACCGGUUUUCCGAUGCGAAUGAGAUUUUUGAUCGUUCUUCUAAGAUGGGUUUUCGUCCGAAUUCAGUCUCGUUUAAUGUAAUGAUCAAAGGGUGGCUGAGAAAGGAUGAGUGGGAACAAGCGUGCAAGCUGUUUGAUCAAAUGCUUGAGAGAAAUGAGCAACCCAGUGUGGUGACGUAUAAUAGUCUUAUUGGGUUUUUGUCCAGAAAGGGUUAUUUGGACAAAGCAAUGAGCUUGCUUGAGGAUAUGACGCAGAAAGGAAAAUAUCCGAAUUCAGUAACAUAUGCGUUAUUGAUGGAAGGUUUGUGCUCUGUAGGAAAGUAUACCGAAGCUAAAAAGAUGAUGUUUGAUAUGGAGUAUCGUGGGUGUAAACCGCGGCUUGUGAAUUAUGGUGUUUUGAUGAGUGAUCUUGGGAAGAAAGGGAAGAUUGAGGAGGCAAAAUCUUUACUUCACGAGAUGAAGAAAAGGCAGUUUAAGCCGGAUGUUGUCACCUAUAAUAUAUUGUUAAAUUAUCUGUGCAAGGAAGGUAAAGUGGUAGAGGCUUAUAAAGUUUUGAUUGAAAUGGAGGUUGGAGGUUGUAAGCCGAAUGCAGCUACUUACAGAAUGAUGGUUGAUGGAUUUUGCAGGGUUAGGGAUUUCGAGGGAGGUUUGAAGGUGUUGAAUGUAAUGUUAACAAGUAGGCAUUGUCCACGUUCAGAAACAUUUAAAUGUUUGAUGGUGGGACUGUUGAAGUGUGGAAAAAUUGAUGGUGCCUGCUUUGUUUUGGAGGAGAUGGAGAAGAGAAAGAUUCAAAUUGAUUUGGAGGCUUGGGAAGCCUUGAUCAUGGAUACUUGUGGAGGGGAUAGAGGUGCCUGUAGGCUUCUAACUGAACUGGUUUCUGGGCAGAAUUGUGUUACGGAAGAGAAAAUUGCAUGACAUUGUUGCGACAUUUUGUAGUCUUCCAAGGAUUUGCGUCAGUAAGGCACUUGAUCAUCACCAGUGCAAUUGGUGGUUGGGUUUAAUUAAUCAUUUCUGCCAGGCUUGAGAUUCCUGUGGAAGUAUAAAUGGCAACAAGUAGACAUGUCCAUAGAUAGAGAUAUCUUGUUUAUUGGCUGUUUGCUUGAAUUAGUGUAGAAGAUGGACAGCCCUUUGUUUAGGCAAGUUUUGUGAGCUCUCAUUAGUGAUGCUUGUGGUGGAAAUUGAGGUGCUGGAGGCUUGUAAUUGAAAUGAUCGUUGCCCAUUUGUAGGCUUCAGGGAAGAAAAGAAGGAUUUGAUUGUUGAAAAUUGAAAUAUUUUUAGUUGUCCA